CAGCCCCCCCCGCUGGGCCUCCCUGGCCCAAACCAGCUGGACCAGCUUUGCGGGUGCCGCCCCUCGCCCCCCUCCCACCCAGCCCCGCUGCAGCCUCCCGUGCGGACAGGCCCAGAGUGGGUCCUGAAUUCAAGACACCCCAAAGUGGGCUUGGGGGCUGCGAUGGCGCUGCAGAGCCAAGCAUGGGCUCCGGCCACACCCAUGCCCAUGGCUGAGAGCUCUCUCUACAGGCAGCGGCUGGAAGUCAUCGCUGAGAAGCGGCGGCUGCAGGAGGACAUCCGCGCGGCGCGCCGGGAGCUGGAGGAGGAGCGGCUCCGCGCGCAGCGGCUCAAGAGGAAGUCCCUCCGCGAGCGGUGGCUCAUGGACGGCGCGGCAGAGGCGCGGGGGGACCCCACUUCCGAGGACUCCCCGUCCCCCGAGGCCCAGGCUCAGACUCGCAUCCGCAGCCUGGAAGACAGCUUGUUCACGCUCCAGUCCCAGCUGCAGCUGCUGCAGAGCGCGUCCACCGGGGCCCAGCACCGGCCCGCCGCCAGGCCCACGUGGCGCAGACAGGGCCACCGUCCCCUCUCCCACCCCGCUAUGGAAGCCAGCGCUGCAGGCCACACCGAUCGGGAUAAGAGAGCAUCCCUGCCGGCCCGGCCGGCGGCCGUGUCCCCUGGGUCACCCCCUGAGCCCAGAGAAGAGGCUCCUGGGGUUCACCCCGCCCCGGGGACAGGGGCGUCCUCGGAAUCCAACGGCCCCUACUGUGGGCCCAGCCUGGCUACGCCGCACCGCGCGGCGGAAGCCGAAAGAGGGGACGGCGUGGUGGAGGUGGUGUGGGCCGCGUUGAGGCCCACGGAGGACAGUGCCCCGGCGCCCACGGGCCGCGAGCUGGAGGCCGAGGUGGAGGCGGCGGUCCAGGAGGCCAUCGGGGCCCGGCAGGCGGCUGGCAGCCCCGGGGCGCCGGCCUGGGUGAGGGCGGACCGGGCUGGGGUGGAGGUGGUCUGGGAGGGGUUGGGAGGCAGCAGCGUGGAGGCCCCGGGUGUGGAGGCCCCGGGUGUGGAGGCCCCGGGUGUGGAGGCCCCGGGUGUGGAGGCGGCGCGCGCGCCUGGGGGCAGCCCGGGGGCGCCUGGGCCCGGGGACCCCGCGGGAGAGGCCGCGUCCUUCAUCUGGGUGGAGAGGGUGACCCUGGCCGAGGACUGGGAGCUGGUCACGGAGGGACCGGAAGGGCCCACGGCCGCGCCCGCGGCGGAGGGAGUCGUGGAGGCCGGGCAGGUGGAGAGGACGGGAGAGGGGGCCGGGGGCGAGGCGGCGCCGGGGCCGGCGGGGCAGAGGGAAGCUGGGGCGGCCGCCGAGCCAGGGCCCGGGGGAGGCGGGGAAGAAGGAGCCCACGGGGAACGGGGCGAGGGGCCCGCGGGAGCGGACGCAGCCGCGAGACCGGAGGCCGAGGCCCACGCGCAGGGAGAGCAGGAACAGGGCAGCGGGGAGGCGGGAGGGGAGAAGGAAGUAGAGGGGACCCCGGCGGCCCGAGGGAAGAGGGGGGGAAGAGAACCCCUGGAUGGGGAGAGGAGGGAAAGUGAACCCCUGGAUGGGGAGGGGAGGGGAAGCGAACCCCUGGAUGGAGAGAUACAGGGAAGCGAACCCCUGGAUGGGGACAGGAAGGGAAAUGAACCCCUGGAUGGGGAGAGGAGAAGUGAACCCCUGGAUGGGGAGAGGAGGGAAAGUGAACCCCUGGAUGGGGAGAGGAGGGGAAGCGAACCCCUGGAUGGGGAUGGGAGGGGAAGCGAACCCCUGGAUGGGGAGAUAAAGGGAAGCGAACCCCUGGAUGGGGAGAUACAGGGAAGCGAACCCCUGGAUGGGGAGAGGAGAAGUGAACCCCUGGAUGGGGAGAGGGGAAGCGAACCCCUAGAUGGGGAGGGGAGGGAAAGUGAGCCCCUGGAUGGGGAGAGCGGAGGUAUGGAGGAGAAGCCCCCAGAGGCCCCGGAGAAGCCGAGUUCAGGGGGGCCCGGGGAGAGCGCAGCACCCCCGGGAGAGGAGGGGGGCGUCCAGCCUGAGGAGACACCUGAGGAGCCAGGACUGCGGCCCGGGGUCAGGCCCGAGGGCUUCCCGGAGCAGGAAGCUGGGAAGGCCGAGGCCCCGGCCGAAGGCCCCGCAGGGGAGGCCGCCCCCCUCCCGACAGAGACCCCGGCCCCACCGCCGCCGCCCCCCGAGAGCCAGCCUCUGCUCCCGCGGGAGAGGCCCAGCGCCCACCCCGCGCCCACCUACGCCCCUGCCCGGCAGCCGGCGGCCGCCGAGGGCGGGGAGGCCAACGGCCCCAAGCAAAAGACGUGUCAGUGUUGCGCCGUGAUGUGAGCCACGCCGCCCCACGCGCACUCAGCUACCUCGCCGCCCGGCACCCAGGCUGCCACCCGCUCCCGGCUCCGCGCCCACCGCCUGCGGCCUGGCCCCUCCUGCAACCCAGUCUUUAUACUUGAAAAUAAAAAGGUUAAAGCA